AUGGAUACCCACAAGAGCCAUCCACCCGCCUUGUCGCAGGAAGAUAGGCAAGAUGCGAGGCAACUUGAGCCUAAGAAACGCACCCGAACUGGCUGUCUCAACUGCAGUCGACGCCGACGAAAAUGUGACGAAGAAAAGCCGACUUGCGCUGGCUGUAAGCGCCGAGGUGAUGAGUGCCAAUGGCGCAUGCUAGGCUCAUUUCGCGAUUCCAACAUCAAAAUACUGGAAUCCGAUCACCCCUCGAUGAGCCAGGGCGGCGCUGUGAGCAAAAAUAAGCGCCAAAGUAAAUUCAAGAUCUUGAAUGCUGUGCCGGAUCAGCAUCGAACUAGGGGGGUCAAACGUCCGAUCGAAGAAAGCUCUGAUCUAUCGGGGCGAAAAAGCCCCUCUAUCUCGCCUUCAAAGACGACCACCAAUGUCGAUAUGCCAAAGGUUGCGGCGCCAGAAGACCAACCAAAUACCCCUACUGCUUCUGGAUAUGCGGAUCGACCUUCCAAUUUGACUGGUAUUGGUCCUCCUUUGUCACCCCCACUGACCGGCAAUACCUCGUCCCAUACGUCGCACGGUCCUAGUCACAAUUCCCCUCACUGCGAGGCCAUUGGGCAGGAUGCAAUUCAUGUACACCAGCAUGGAUCAACCAGCCAAGAGCAAUAUCCGGCCAAUCUGCACUGUGACUUUCAGCCUCAACUACCGGAUCAUGCUUCGCCUCACGCCUAUUUAAACUCCAGUCCUGGAUACGUCAUCGAUGACCUUACUACACUAAGGAAUCUCAACGGCGCUCAAUUCCAUUCCUCCGUGGAGGGCUCAUAUCAAACUGUUCCAUCCCCUUUGUUUGAUCAUAGUGUCUUCUCCGACCCAGCUGACUUUACAAAUGAUGUCUUUCUUCCGGGGUCGGCCUACGAGGCCCUUCACACGGCGCUACGAAACCGCCAGUUAUGGACUGCUAGGCCAGAUGUCCCAAGACGGGCCAGCUCACAGGGGUCUAUCUCCCAUGUCAAUACGCCGUCAGGCCUGAGUGAUAGUUCUUUCAGUCAAUCUACGCGACAGCCUCAACGUUCUAGUGCAGGUCGAUAUUUUGACUUGUCUCCAGAGCGAGAACACGUUUUGUGGCAGAAUUAUCUGAAUGAAAUCUGCUCAUGGCUCGAUAUGUUCGAUAACAAUCGUCAUUUUGCCUCCACGUUUCCCCAGAUGGCAAAGACAUCGCCGCAUUUGCGAUAUUCAAUUCUAGCUCUGUCGGCGCGACAGCUGGAGAGAGAGCAAAACGAAAAGUCUCAAUCGGAGAGUUUAUCUUUGUAUCAAGAGGCUAUCCAUCUUCUGUUCCCUGAGCUAGAAAGCAAGAGUACACCCGUGAUUGCUUCUUGCGUUAUCCUCUGCGUUUUGGAAAUGUUGUCCUGCAACCCAAAAGAAUGGCGACGACAUUUGGAUGGAUGUGCUUAUCUGAUCCAAGCCGCCGGUAUCAAUGGCUUCUCGGGGAAUGAAGAGCAGGCCCUUUUCUGGUGCUUUGCAAGAAUGGACGUCUGUGGUGGUCUCAUCUCUGAGGAAGAUACCAUCAUCCCGAUUCACAACUGGAGGCCCAGAGACAUGAGCUGCUCCGAGGCAUCGCGUCUGUUUCUUUCUUCCAACAAGACAAAUUUUGACACCUAUGCCAAUUACACUGUCUAUCUAUGUGCAGAAACACUCAGCGUUCUCUUCGGGUCAUCGUCCAAAGCCCCGCAUCCCUGCACAUCUUGUCAGUCGUUUCCUGAAGAGGAUGGAAACUUUCAUGUCCACCGCUGGGGAGAUUUGUUCACCCAUGUGGAACAAUGGUAUGAGAAUCGGCCCAGCCAGAUGAAGUCUAUCUUCACUGUUUCCACCCCCAGCCAAGCUUCACGAGGCAAGCCUUUUCCAACGGUGCUAUAUGGGAAUGGAGCUGCCAUCUCCGGAAAUCAGCUAUAUCAUGUCAGUGCCUUGCUAUUACUCCAACGAAAGCCGAAGACGAUAGUCCUUUCGAAAAAGCCGAAAUCUGUCCUUUGGCAUGCUCGCCAAAUUUGCGCGAUCUCUGCUUCAAAUGCUCACCAUGGAUGCUGGACCAAUGCGCUGCAGCCUCUCUGGAUAGCCGGGAAGGUCAUGUCGCAUUACUCCGAGCAUGAAGCUAUAGUUGAGACGUUGGUCCGAAUUGAGCGCGAGACUGGAUGGGCGACGACAUGGCGGGUUGAGGAUCUGAAAGAGUUCUGGGGCGACUACGAUAACGAAGACGAGUGCGAUGCCGAUAUGGAUUAA